AAACUGAAUUUAAAAAUAUAAGUCGCCCGAAAUUUCCGGAUUUUGCAAUUAUAAUUUAAUUUAAAUACGUUGAUUGAAUAAUUUAAAGUUGAAAAGGAAAUAAAAUGGCACACCUGAUAAAACAAGAACAAGAUAAGCAUUUAAAAUUUGUCCUCAAUCAACCGGAAGAAGUUCUUAUAGAAUUUUGCAAAUUAGCCAUCGAUUACAUCAAUAAUGGAAUUAACGAGAAAAAGUGCACUGCAGCUGCAAAAAACCUCGAAACAACCUUCGACACGGUGAAAUCCUGCGUCGAAGCGCUGGUCUGCCUGCUGAUCGACUGCAUCAAGCUCCACAUCACCGAGGAGGACUUCCGGUCGCUGGGCACGCUCAGCUUCUCCCCGGAGCAGAUCGCAAUCCUGUGGCAGUUUGUCAGCAGCAAACGCACCCUGGUGGAAACCGUUCUCAAACAGUCCGCGGAUAACGAGCUGCACUUCCGCGACCUCGAGUGGAGACUGGAGGCCAAGGUUGCGUCCCGGGCGCUUCACCGGCAGGCCACUCCGGUGAUUGCGAUGAAGCUGCACCUGGACAGCGAGGUGGUGAACGAACACAAGGAAAAGUUGGACCAGGAAUCGACGGUCGGCGCGGGUGAAACUCGCAAGGAAGUGCUCCUGCAAACCGAUCCGACCAGUUUGGUGCACUUGAUUCAGGUGCUGGAACAGGCGCUCAUCGAUUCCAAAACGCAUCGUGUGAGGAAUUUCGUUAAAUCAUUCCAAAAGUGA